CUGAUAAUGUCUUUAGUAAGCGACCUAGCUUAUCAUCCAUUUUUCUUUCUUUCAGGUAGGAAUGAACUGAUAGCCAGAUACAUCAAACUCAGGACGGGGAAGACAAGGACCAGGAAACAGGUGUCUAGUCAUAUACAGGUCUUAGCAAGAAAGAAAGUUCGAGAAAUUCAAGCCGCCAUUAAGGUGUCUAGUCACAUUCAGGUUCUUGCCAGAAGGAAAUCUCGUGAUUUUCAUUCCAAGCUAAAGGAUCAGACCGCCAAGGAUAAGGCCCUGCAGCACAUGGCCGCCAUGUCCUCAGCCCAGAUCGUCUCGGCCACUGCCAUCCACAACAAGCUGGGGCUGCCGGGGGUUCCACGCCCCACCUUCCCGGGGGCGCCAGCGUUCUGGCCGGGAAUGAUACAAACUGGGCAGCCGGGAUCCUCACAAGACGUCAAGCCCUUUGUGCAGCAGGCCUAUCCCAUCCAGCCGGCGGUCACGGCCCCCAUCCCAGGUUUUGAGCCUGCGUCUGCCCCAGCUCCCUCCGUCCCCGCCUGGCAGGGCCGCUCUAUCGGCACAACUAAACUUCGCCUGGUGGAAUUCUCGGCUUUCCUGGAACAGCAGCGAGACCCAGACUCGUACAACAAGCAUCUCUUCGUGCACAUUGGCCAUGCCAGCCAUUCGUACAGUGACCCGUUGCUCGAAUCAGUGGACAUCCGUCAGAUCUAUGACAAAUUUCCUGAAAAGAAAGGUGGCUUGAAGGAACUAUUUGGAAAGGGUCCUCAGAAUGCCUUCUUCCUCGUAAAAUUCUGGGCUGAUCUGAACUGCAAUAUUCAAGACGAUGCCGGGGCUUUUUAUGGCGUCACUAGUCAGUACGAGAGUUCUGAGAACAUGACAGUCACCUGCUCCACCAAAGUCUGCUCCUUUGGGAAGCAAGUCGUAGAGAAAGUCGAGACGGAGUACGCAAGGUUCGAGAAUGGCCGAUUCGUGUACCGAAUAAACCGCUCCCCGAUGUGUGAAUACAUGAUCAACUUCAUCCACAAGCUGAAACACUUACCAGAGAAAUACAUGAUGAACAGUGUUUUGGAAAACUUCACAAUUUUAUUGGUGGUAACUAACAGGGAUACACAAGAAACCCUUCUCUGCAUGGCCUGUGUAUUCGAAGUCUCAAAUAGUGAACAUGGAGCACAACAUCACAUUUACAGGCUUGUAAAGGACUGAAAUGGUUAUUUAUAUAGAGAUAUCUGUAUAUACACACACAUGCGCACACACACACACACACACACUCUCUCUCUCUCUCUCUCUCUCUCUCUCUCUGUCUCUCCAUUAUCAAAGGACUGUAAACCUCAUCACACAGGGGUAGCCCUGACACUGACCCUGUGAGGUCACUCCCAACUUUUCUAGAUCCUGUUUGAGUGAAGUCAUUUUUUUUUUUUUCUGUGUGUUCAUACUGUCAUGCUAGCUGUGAAGUUCCGGUACAGUUGUAAAAAGAGAAAUGGAGUUAUUUUUAUGUGUUCUUCAGACCUGCAGCCCACAAUGCCUCCGGAAGGGUGAACCUUGAGAACCCAAUUAUCUGCCAAGACCUGUUUCUAAUUGUGGCAGAAAAUACUGAGACAGUGCAUUUGCCAUGGGACAUUUACAGCCUUGAUAAAAUGUAUCUAGUUCUUCUUCUUUUAUUUUUCUCAACAUAAAAUUCUUGUUUUAAGAUACAAGUAAAAUUAAUCUUUAAAUAUAAAUGUAAACUAGUACACAAAACUAAGGGUCUUGAGACUUACCUUUGUAACUAAUGAGGAUGGAAGUUAUGAAAGGAUGUAAUUCACUAAAUUAUUUUUUAAAUGAAACUUUUCUUUCUUUUUGAAACCAAAUGUUAAAAUAUAGCCUUAAGAAAUGCUUGGUAGAAAUAUCCUAAUGAAACAAAUUUGUAUUUCUUGCCUGAAGGUGAAAAAUUAAUCUUCUAAUUCAUUAAACUCUUGAACAGGUUAUUACAAAGGAAGAAAAACUUCACCCCCUAUCCUUAACAUAUAUAGUAUAUUUAAAAAUAUGAAAUUGUAUUGUACUAAUGUGAUGACUAUUUAAUGAAAAAGAAAAGAUGGCUCUUUUUUUGCAAUAAGUAGAUAAAUACUGAAAAAUCUAAACUUAAGAAAAUGUUUAUAGUCUUGUGUGUGCAGUUAUAUUUUAUAUGGACAACCAAAUUUUUUUUUUAUCAAGACAAGUAACUAUCUGAACCACUUAAAUCUAAUAACAGAAAUGUAAAAUUGGCAUGAAUACUGCACUGUGAGCUGCAAAGUACAGAGAAAUCCUAUAGCUGGGAGAAAAUGUCAUGAACCAAACCGGAUAAAGGCUCAUCAGUUUUAGCAUCUGCUGCUCAGAAAAGUACAAGCGUCCUCACUAGCCUGUGGAUAGAUCCCUUACUUUCGGUGAUCCAAAAGCCCGUGAGUCUAUUAGAAUUCUGUGUGUGUGCGCGUACACACACACAUAUGCACAGAUAGUAGCACACUUCAUUCUCAGUCAAUACCUAAGUGGUGUCUGCCACUGAGUUUGCUUGGUGCUGCUAAGUAUCCUCAAUCUCUUUUCUGUAGAUCUUAUUCUAUUCUCUAAUGACAGCCAUUUCUGUACCAUCUCUUGAUAAGUCCAGGACUUGUUUGACUUGAGGCUUAAGAGGUCUCUCUCUCUCUCUCUCUACCUUCCAGCUCAAAUAUUCCAAAGCGUUGCCUGGGCAGAUUUGGUUUGAUGUUGCCACAUGUCACGGUUUCCUUUCCUGAAUGCUUCACUGGGAAGGAAAUAACUCAGGCCACCCAGCUUCCCCCUGGAAGAUGAUGCUACUUCUGUAGUCAUGUGGAAUAUAUUGACACAAUAGAUAGUAAAAAGUAAAUAAAGUAAGUUGCAAGGCGUAUGAAGACAUUUUAAUCAAGCCAGAAAAUAAGACUUUGUCCUGUAACACCCAAGUUAACUUAGAAAUCCUUUUCCUAGUCCCAUCAUCUGCUCUGAUCCUUCAUGUGUGUUAGUGUCCAGUGGUCAUGAGCAUGAGGGUGUGGCUGGCCCAUGGCAAAUAGAACAUUGGUCCAAGCCUGACUUUUCCCAAACGCAUGCCCCUGGGAAGACGAGAGGACAAAGUGCAAAGCCCCCUCCCCUCAAAGGAUCUGCAGCUGUCUCCCUGGUUCCCAGUGGACCUGUGGUAUUUUUGCGCCUGUGUCUGCUCCCAUUGGUCCAAGCACUUGGCCUCCUUCCUUCAGCAUAUUUAUGACUUAGAUGGUCACCUCUCUCAUGGGUAUUUUUCCUUCUGCUCCUAAGCUCCUCCGUCAUUCAUUAAGGGAAACCCCACUUGGCCAGAACACCCUAGAAUUUCAGGGAGUGAGGCACUGCUGGUUCCUGUGGCCGGCCGCCCAUGAGUGAAAGCUCUUGAGAUAAACUUUUCGAAGCACAACCAGACCAAGAGCUAAGACCAGCUAGAGAGUAGUGCUGCUGACUGCAGAGAAAGGCUUAUCCCAGUGUGCCGAGCUCACAGGCUCAGCUUAGCUCGCUCUUGGAGACUUUUGUCUUUAUCUUCUUUCUCUGAAUCACUUUUUUAUAAUUCAGUUUGGGGGAAUUUACCUGAAUGGCCUUGAGGACUGCUUUUUGUUCAUAAAAUAUUUCUAAACUCUUGUAAAGCCUACUACUUGCUUUGUUCUUCUAGACAUCUCUGAAGGGCAGAUAACUUUCUCUCUCUCGUAAUCAUUGGCCUGAACUCUCAAUCUUCUGUCUGUCCUGCUCAUACUAGACCCUCAGGUGGAUUUGUGUGAAAACAUCUAAUCCAAGUUUCUUGGGCCUUUCACCUUUGAUAGCAGAAUCUUCUUACCCUGCAUUGCUUCCUUCAACCAAGUCCUUUCCAAAGCUUUGUUGUCAGAGAUCCCCUCUGGCUACUCUUCCCGGUGGCUCCUUUGAUAAGGGACAUCUUGAACAUUCACAGGAGUUUGGAGACCAGUUUGUCACAACUGAGGGACUGAGGAGCUGAGCUCUCUUGUUUUAUCUUUCAUCUCCAUCUUCCCAAGAAACCUCAAAUAAAAUCCAGACUCUUUCAGAAUCUGUCCUAAGGCCCAGUAGGUCCCAGCUGCCAUUAGAGCAGAGUUUCCAACUACUAGUGUCCACUCUUGACAUUCUGGGCCCGAUAAUUCUUAGCUGUGCGGAGCUGCCCUGCACGCUGCUGAAGAUUCACCAGUAUCUCUGGCCUCUGCCCACCAUGUACUAGUCACACCUGCUCUGCUAUCUUGUCACAACCCAGAAUUACUCUGGACAUGUCCAGAUGUCCCAUGGCCACCUCAUUGAGAACCACUGGCCUAGAUUUUACAGCCGCAAAUGCCAUAUCGGAGUUUGUAUUUUUCAUUCCCUUUCAGUCUGAGAAGACUCCUAGAAGUCUUGUUCAAGUCACCGAGAGGCAGUUCUGACUAUGACUCCAGUGACAUUGUGCCUAUUUCUCUUCCUGUUUCAGAGCCUCUGUUUUUACAACAGAGUUUCACUGACUACAAGUAUCUUUUCAACUCGUCCUUGGAGAAUUGGGGACACCAUCAUCUCUCUUCUCUGCCCACACUACUUAAGGGGUAUCUCUAUCCCAGCACUUUUCAGUAUUUCUCAUAAGCUAGUGAGUCUCAUUAUCAGACCUUUGUUUCAGUAAACUUCCUUCAGGCCUUCUCAUUUCUGCCUUAACUUCAACAGAAUUAAUGGCAACUUCUAGAAUUUCUCUUCGCUAGCUGGAGAGGCAAGAGAUUAGUUCUGAAGAGGGCUAACAGGACUUUUCUUUAUCAAGCAAGGAGAAAACUCAGUGUCCCUUCUUCUGUGUGUAGGUGAGAAGACCAGGCCAAAGUCCCAAGGGAGACUAAGUAGCCCAGUGUCACAGAAUGAAGUCCCCCUGCCCCCCGCCACCCUGUAUCUGGGGUGUCCUCUGUGGUGCUCAUGCUUACACAACCUUUUCCAAGGUGAGGACGACAGGGUCAGCUCAGCAAAGAGAGAGACGAGAGACAGGUUCUGCCAAAGUGACAGCUUUGUCACCACACUGCUGCUGCUGCUGCUCAAGCUGGCGUGUCCUCUCUGAGGGUGUCACCAGUGGUGGCCACAGCAGACGGAAAAACUAAUGAGCCUUCCUUUUCACUUACUCUGAAGACAAUUCACCUGCCACAGUCUUGGAGUCAAACUUCAAUUUGCCAUGCAUCCCAGCAGCAAAGUUCAUCAUUCAGACCAGCCAAAAAAAGAAAGAAACAACAGUAUCCCCGUUCCCAGUCCUUGGUAUAAGUCCCUGAAUGACGUUAAGCCCAAGACGAGUGUGGCUUUAGCAGUCGGUUUUUUUUUUUUUUUUUGGACCACCAUCAAUUAUUUAAAUCAUCCAAGAUGAUAGUCAGCUUUGCAAACCAGGUACAAAGAAUUCGUAUCCUUUUGUUAGACGCUCUGGUAACUAUACCUGUCCUAAUGAAGGGUAGAGCCAAUACUGUCUGUUGAUGUUCACUCCUGUGACAGUAAGAGGACUGUCCCUGUUGCUUAUUUCUUUUUGUUGAUGUUUCUGUGGCCAAGCCCUGCACACUGUCAUUUCUGAAAAGGCCUUAAAUCUUUGAGAUGUUGUGUGUAGGGUAUGCAGUGCAAAAGGCUGCCUCAGAACUGUGAGCCCUUUUGUAAGCUGGAAGCAUUUUUCUUACUACUGUUACUUUAUUAUUAUCAUUAUUAUCUUUAGGAAAUUUUGAAUUCAGAGCUGCCAAAGUGUUCCAGUAAGCAGUGCCUUAAUGAUACCUUAGUCAUACCGUCAGCCUUUUUUUCCUUACACCGGUUCUCCGUGUCCACUUACUGAUUGGCUCAGUGUUUAAAUCAGAGCAAGGAAAAAACUGCCCCCCCCCUUUUUUGUAAGCCCAUCCCCCCACCCUCCUGCUCUAUGGGAAACUGACUACUUGGUCUGAAAUCUGAAACUGAACUUUCAACGUUUCUUUGAUAGCACUCUCAAAUGUAUAUACCAAAAGAGAAGGUGUUUUUGCAAUUCGUAGUUUACUAUGAAAAGCAAAUUGUACUUUUUUAACGUUGCCUUUUUAAAUCCACGACCAAAUACUUAGCUAUUUGUGAAUGUCUGCACUCUCGCAUGGAAGUGCCUUUGGUUUGAGAUUCCAGCUUAGAAAAGCGCCACCAAUAACAAUGAUCAUUUGUAGAGAGACCAAAAAUAUCCCAAGAAUCACCAUAAUGCCUUUGGGUUUACCGGGAGGAGAAGCCACCCACAGGAGCACUCGUGUGGCAUGGAGCCUGCCUGCUGGAAGUCUGUGCGCUGUGGAGAGCCCCCACCACCACCACCCACCAGGAGCACUCUGCAGCAGGAGGACCCCAGGAACUCUGUGUGACCCAGCCUGUCACGUCAGCUCAUCACCUAGCCGGCGUCCACCUGAGGAAACUGCCACGCAGACGCCAGGAUCUCUGCUGGUCCUUCCUCUCGCAUUCCCCCCCCCUUCAGUCUCUGUGAAGGCUUUGUGGCCCACUCAAAGGACGGUGCGCACCUAAUCUGGUUUACAGGAUGAUAGACCCUUCUGAAAGCUGGAAGCCUCAAACUGAGAUGACAGUGCAGAACAAAACAAAGUUAGGGUCACUGUAGAAUCCAAGUGUUCUUCUAGGGCCAACAUGUUGACUCUGAGUGUCGUGUGUGAAUGUGCCCUGCGAAACGUCCACAGAGCACCAUUCCCAAUGGGUUAUUUUCUCAGAAUGUUCCAGCCCUCAGAAGGGGCGACUCUGUAAAGUCCGUGUUGGCUUUUCAUCAAAAAACAAACAAAAAACCUUGUUACAAAGUAAGGAAAUUGAUAGCGAUAAGGAAGAGGGGUGAAAAAGAAAAACCACCAGCCAAACAAAAGCCAGGGGGGAAGUAACACGUUUUUCCUCUCUGAAUAUACAGACAUCUUGGAACUCUGAACUCUUAAUGCAUGUGUGUCCUAUCUAUCUCUACCUGCUGUCUUUUAAUACCCUGUCUGGCCUCUGAAAUUUCGGGAAUAAUUUCUAGCCACACUAAGUUGUAUUCCUAGAAAUUUCCACAAGGGGGGAAAGAAAAAAACAUCCAACGAAAAGUGACUUAACCCAAGUUACAGUUCACUGGUUGAAUUCAACCCCUCUCUCUGUCUUAAAGUCCGAUAACACAACUUGGAAGACUAAUUAGUCAAAUGCUUGUCUAGUUUCUCUUUUUCGAUGGUCACUGUGCUUUGUUUGGCAGGAGUUUUAUCUCAUGAACUCAGCACUUCUCUCAUUAAGAGUGAACGUCUUGUGUUAAAAAAAAAAAUACUGCAUUGCAAAGGAUAGUUUCACUGAAGACCUGCACCAUGAAAUAAGGUGAAAUACUCGUAUUUACUGUCCUGCUUCCUCUGCCCCAGCUUGUUUUAUCCUCUGUGAAUUUUGCAUUCACAGUUGGCCGGCCAUCUGCCCACAAGACAGCAUCUUAGCAUUUGAAAUCCCCUCUCCUCAGUGAGUUUAGGGGUGAGAUUCCAGAAGUUUUCACCUCACCGGUUGACUUAUUAAGUAUUCAUUUUUCCCUUCCUCUUUCUCUAAGAAAGGUAGGCAGAAUCCAGACAUACAUAUAUCAGUAGGAAGCCAACCUGAAUUUUUUUUAAUUGUUCCGUAUUAGUCAUUUUCCGUGAUUAGUUCCACUGUGGAAAUCAAUUAUUAACUGCACUUCUUUAAAAAAAAAAAAAAAAUCUCCCUGUUACCUCCUUGAAAAGUUCACUUCUACAGGCCUUUUCCAGUAGGCUCAUGACUGCAGAUAAGGAAGAAAAGGAAAAAAAAGUAAAAACAAAAACAGUAUGUGCCUGAAAAAAAAAAACAAAAGAAUUUUUUUGUAACAUUAAAAAAAAAAACCUGAAUAGCCUUUAAUUCUUGAAUCUGCUUAAGUUUUCUGUAAAGCAGUCUUUGCCAUGUGUGUUUGUUCACAUUCUCAACGACUUAGUGGGAUUCUCACGGUCUGUGUCCUCAUGUCACGUGUAUAAAAUGGGCUCAUGGUGUAAACGUUUCAUCUGGUCAGUGGUUUCUUUGAUAUUGUACUGCUGCUGGGAGUGAGCUGGGACCUUCCUCUGGAUGGAAAGGUUCCUUCGGGGGGUAAAUCGGAGACAUGGGGUGGGGGCAAGGGGGACAAAUCUUCACAUAAUGUUUUCUUAACCUAUUUGCAGAAACCUUCAAAAAGCAUUUGGUUAAACCUCUCGGCAGUACAGUAUUCUUGUAUCUGUUAACGUCUGUGUUUAGGUACUGGUAACUUUUGGUUUAAAAAUGUGUUGGCUUUAAAGUGAAUUUAUCUUUAGUAUGAUAGUUAUAUGAAAAUUAGAAGGUUUGUGUGCAGAGAAUUUUUUUAUAAAGUGCUUUGUAAAAAAAAAAAAUGUAUUCUAGCUUUCACGGUACAUAUGUGCGAUAACUUUAAUAUCCAUGACAGUUAAGUGCAAUUAUUCCAUCACUCUAAAAAUGCUAUUUUUGUGUCAGUUCCUGCAGGUGUUUUCAUGUCUUUGCAAAGUGACACAUUUUGAUGCCUUCUUGAUAAAGUGGUAGACAUUUUGUAGCUUUCUAGAAACUUUGUAUUCAUACGGUAUCAAUGACAAAUAAAGAAAAAAGUGUGGGUCACUUUUUCUUUGAA